AGAUAUGGGCAAUGCCUGGAACAGAUUGCAACAUGCUCAACAGACGAUACCAAAGGCGAUCAUUGAGCCGACUUCUCCAGACGAGACAACGAUAUCGAACCUGUGGUAUAACGUGACGCUAAGAGACAAGAUCGUGGAAGUAUUUGUCGAGUACAUCAGGCCGUGGAACGUGCUGCAAGUGUUUCACAAGUACAACCGGCGGGUUCUUGUGCGACAGGAUGUGGUGAGGCUCUUAGAACAUUGCUGUGUUUGUUAGGGUUCUUGUAGAACAAGAUGUGGUGAGGCUCUUAGAACAUUGCUGUGCUCGUUAGGGUUCUUGUAGAACAAGAUGUGGUGAGGCUCUUAGAACAUUGCUGUGCUCGUUAGGGUACUUGUAGAACAAGAUGUGGUGAGGCUCUUAGAACAUUGCUGUGCUCGUUAGGGUACUUGUAGAACAAGAUGUGGUGAGGCUCUUAGAACAUUGCUGUGCUCGUUAGGGUACUUGUAGAACAGGAUGUGGUGAGGCUCUUAGAACAUUGCUGUGUUCGUUAGGGAUCUUGUAGAACAAGAUGUGGUGAGGCUCAUAGAACAUUGCUGUGCUCGUUAGGGUUCUUGUAGAACAAGAUGUGGUGAGGCUCUUAGAACAUUGAUGUGCUCGUUAGGGUACUUGUAGAACAAGAUGUGGUGAGGCUCAUAGAACAUUGCUGUGCUCGUUAGGGUUCUUGUGCGACAGGAUGUGGUGAGGCUCUUAGAACAUUGCUGUGCUCGUUAGGGUUCUUGUAGAACAAGAUGUGGUGAGGCUCUUAGAACAUUGCUGUGCUCGUUAGGGUACUUGUGCGACAGGAUGUGGUGAGGCUCUUAGAACAUUGCUGUGCUCGUUAGGGUACUUGUAUAACAAGAUGUGGUGAGGCUCAUAGAUCAUUGCUGUGCUCGUUAGGGUUCUUGUAUACCAAGAUCUGAUGAAGCUCCUAGAGUCUUGAUACAAAAGUUAGGUUACUUGUACGACAACAUGUGAUGAGGCUCCUAGAAUCUUAAUGCAAUAGUUAGGGUUUCUUGUAUAAUAAGAUGAGAUGAGGGUCCUAGAAUGUUGAUGCAAUAGUUAGGUUACUUGUACUACAAAAUGUGAUGAGGCUCCUAGAAUCUUAAUGCAAUAGUUAGGGUUUCUUGUAUAAUAAGAUGAGAUGAGGGUCCUAGAAUCUUGAUGCAAUAGUUAGGUUACUUGUACUACAAAAUGUGAUGAGGCUCCUAGAAUCUUAAUGCAAUAGUUAGGGUUUCUUGUAUAAUAAGAUGAGAUGAGGGUCCUAGAAUCUUGAUGCAAUAGUUAGGUUACUUGUACGACAAAAUGUGAUGAGGCUCCUAGAAUCUUAAUGCAAUAGUUAGGGUUUCUUGUAUAAUAAGAUGAGAUGAGGGUCCUAGAAUCUUGAUGCAAUAGUUAGGUUACUUGUACGACAAAAUGUGAUGAGGCUCCUAGAAUCUUAAUGCAAUAGUUAGGGUUUCUUGUAUAAUAAGAUGAGAUGAGGGUCCUAGAAUCUUGAUGCAAUAGUUAGGUUACUUGUACUACAAAAUGUGAUGAGGCUCCUAGAAUCUUGAUGCAAUAGUUAGGGUUUCUUGUAUAAUAAGAUGAGAUGAGGGUCCUAGAAUCUUGAUGCAAUAGUUAGGUUACUUGUACUACAAAAUGUGAUGAGGCUCCUAGAAUCUUAAUGCAAUAGUUAGGGUUUCUUGUAUAAUAAGAUGAGAUGAGGGUCGUAGAAUCUUGAUGCAAUAGUUAGGUUACUUGUACGACAAAAUGUGAUGAGGCUACUAGAAUAUUAAUGCAAUAGUUAGGGUUUCUUGUAUAAUUAGAUGAGAUGAGGGUCCUAGAAUCUUGAUGCAAUAGUUAGGGUUUCUUGUAUAAUAAGAUGAGAUGAGGGUCCUAGAAUCUUGAUGCAAUAGUUAGGGUUUCUUGUAUAAUAAGAUGAGAUGAGUGUCCUAGAAUCUUGAUGCAAUAGUUAGGUUACUUGUACUACAAAAUGUGAUGAGGCUCCUAGGAUCUUAAUGCAAUAGUUAGGGUUUCUUGUAUAAUAAGAUGAGAUGAGGGUCCUAGAAUCUUAAUGCAAUAGUUAGGGUUUCUUGUAUAAUAAGAUGAGAUGAGGGUCCUAGAAUCUUUAUGCAAUAGUUAGGGUGCUUGCACGACAACGUGUGGUGAGUGUCCUAGAAUCUUGAUGCGUUAGCUAGAAUACUUGUACGACAGAAAGUUGUGAGGCUCCCAUAAUAUUGAUGUGUUAGUUAAGAUACCUGUAAGAAAAGAUUUGGUGAGGCUCCCAAAAUCCUGAUGCGUUAGUUUGCCUUAUAAGACAGCGCGUUACCAACGUUAAGGCGCACGCUCCCCCCCCCCACCCCUGGCCCCAAAAAAGGUCACUUUCAAGAUUACGGGAAGUAUUAGCCUCUAGGACAGCGGUUCUCAACCUGGGGGUCACACGACCCUUUCACGGGGGUCACCUAAGAACAUUUGAAAACACUUCUACUUUACAGUUAUAAUGUGUCAACGAAAGUAAUUUUGUGGUUGGGGGUCGCCACAACAUGAGGAACUGCAUUAAAGGGUCGCGGCAUUAGAAAGGUUGAGAACCACUUCUCUAGGAGACAAAUAAUUACAUAAAAUAAAGAGAAAGGAAUAAUGUUAGAGAGGACAGAAGACGCAUUAAAUUGGGUGAUGAUAGCAUUGAGGGGGGUUGGGAGGUGGUUGUUCAAAAUAUUGUGCAUACACUAGUGUAGUAGAUAUUAGUGUGAAAGUACGGCAUGAUGAUCGUGGUGGUCAUUAAAAUAUAAACUUCUUGACGGCCGGGCGUAGACUUCUGUAUCUUAACCCUUCCACUUAGGUUGAGGCAGUUGGGGGGCGGGGGGGGGGGGGGGGGGGGGGGGGGGGGGGGAGUAUACCUUUUAAAAAGUGUGUGAAAGUGUGUGAUAGUGUGUGAUAGUGUGUGAAAGUGUGUGAAAUGUGUGAUAGUGUAUGAAAGUGUGUGAUAGUGUGUGAAAGUGUGUGAUAGUGUUUGAUAGUGUGUGAAAGUGUGUGAAAGUGUGUAAUAGUGUGUGAUAGUGUGUGAUAAGUAAAACAAGAUGGGUCGAUCCGUCUAGCUUCUUGUUGUGUUAACCCCAUAUGCUGUUCAGUGUGUCAGAGAUGUGUCCAUGAAUACCAAGCCUAGCUAGACUGUGUCGCGCUAUUUCACCACUUAAAAAAACUAACCAGGCCACGCGAUGCUCUGUCACCUCCACUUACAGACAGCGUCAAUUGAACAUUAGGCUUCAUUCCAUUUUCUUAAUUGAUAUCGGGAAAUGUAAUUACCGUGUUUAUUGGCGUAUAAUACACACUUUUUCCUCCACGAAAAUAGGGGGCAACUCAUGUGUGCGUGUUAUACGCCAAUAUAAUGUUUAGUUUUUUCCCCUGAAAUUUGUGUUAUAAGCGGGGGCGUGUUAUACGCCAAUAAAUACGGUACAUUAUGCUUCUUUAAUCUCUCUCUAUAUAUAAGUAUAUUUAUUUUAUGUUAGAAUAUAUAUUGGCAGACGGCUUUAAAGUAAAUUGAACAAUGGAGCAUAGGCUUAUCUAAGGGGAGGCUGAGGGGGGGGGGGCAGAUGUUCCUGGGCACCAGACUGAUUAGGGGCGCAAAGAUGCGCUUUGAUGUUAAUUUAUUCAUAUUGGGUUUGAGACGAGUACGGAUCAUUCAUUAAGCUCGACUGGUGGUCGUAAAUGGAUAUAACAUAAAGUGGAUUUGCGGAUACCAAAUAUGUUUGGGAUUUUUUUUGUUAAUAUGGCUUCUUCCUCAAAAUAAAAAAAAAUAAUAAUAAAGUAAUCCAACAAUAAACAAAAAUGCUGUGGGCUCUGGGGCUAGGCAACGGAAACAGAAAAAAAAAGGAUUACAGUUUCAUAUGUUGAAGUGUACACUCUAAAUGCUUUGAUUUUUAUCUCUGUUACGGAAAGGAUGUCAAACAGGAUUCACUGGGCCGUGACGUGAUGUCCUUGUUUACUUCGGGAGAUUUUGUUUUCCCGGGGAGAUCGUGGAUNAAAAAAAAAAAAAAAAAAAAAAAAAAAAAAAAAAAAAAAAAAAAAAACAUUAAUUAAAAUAAGUAACGUGAAAUUUUCUCAAGAAUGAGAGUGAAUUCAAAUGCCAUUUAAUAGCAGCAAGCGAUCUAGGGCUUAGACUCUGAAAUAGCCAAUUAAAUAAUACAUUAAUGUCAUUGAAACUUGAUUUAACACGUUUGAGUAGUCUUUAUCCGUUAUUCACAGUCAUAUUUCUGUUUAUAUCAGUGAUCCAAGGUCAUGUUUUAUUUUAUAUCAAUGAUCGACAGUCAUAUUUUUGUAUAUAUCCGUGAUCCACAGUCAUAUUUCUGUUUAUAUCCGUGAUACACGGUCAUAUUUCUGUUUAUAUCCGUGAUCCACGGUCAUAUUUCUGUUUAUAUCCGUGAUCCACGGUCAUAUUUCUGUUUAUAUCCAUGAUUAUCCACAUUCAUAUUUCUGUUUAUACCUGUGAUCCACGGUCAUAUUUCUGUUUAUAUCAGUGAUCUACAGUUAUGUUUCUGUUUCUAUCCGUGAUCCAUAUUCAUAUUUCUGUUUUUAGGAGUUCGUCAAGGCUCAAGUUAACAAUCUCGGUGACAGGGUCGGAAGCCAGACGCUCCUAGAGAGGCUAUCGAUCUACGAAGGCUGGUUCGAUUGUUUGAUAUCUACUCUCAAGGACAGGGAGGUCAUGCUUGAUCACGUGGCCCAAACGUUUCAGAAUCUCAAGGGUAGGCUGAGAUAAUUGUGAAUUACCUCGUGCAACUUAAAGGAGAGUGGAGGGUGGGGGGAAAGGAGGACCCCCAGGGUAGGAAAUACAGGUUCGGAUAAAGGGUCACCUGGUUCGGAUAAAGGGUCACGUAAGGCUCAGUGGUGAAGGGAAAAGACAGGCGUAUUAACAUAAAUUAUUGAACGGCCAUUUAGAGAGAGUCAUUAGGUGUUACUUUCAACCAAUCAGAUCAGUGUGUGUGUGUGUGUAUAACUGUGUGUAUGCGACUUUUGAUUUUUUUUUUAAAUUACAGUUAAUACCUUAUUUCUAUUAGCAUUUCCAUCUUCUUCAUCAAAUUGUUUUUUUUUCCUUGUUACACUUGACUCUAUCGUUCACUUGAUCGUCUGUCUCGUGCUCACCUAAAAAAAGUCACAUCUGAAUUGUGUCAACAUGGAUCCUGCUUUGCUCAAUGAUCGGCGGGAGAAGGGUAAAUCGGGGAGCUCUUAUAAGAACUGUAGGAUUAGGGAAUUUGAAAAAAAGUACUAAAGCUUCUUUUUUGGAUACUAUACAGGUUAACAUUUUAAAACUUAACAUUAGCAAAUAAAUAUAUUGCAUAAUAAAAUAUCCAAAGUUAAUACAAUUAAAAACAAAUUUAAGUUUUGUCUACAUCCAAUUCGAAUCUUUUGGCUUUACAGAGAGUCCAUCUGCACCUGUUUAACGCCUUUGUUUGCGUUGUGAAUUUUAAGAAAUUUUAAAUGACGCACUAUGUGAUAGGUGUUCAAACUCGUCUCUGAUAGAGAGUCUUGACUAAAACGAUUUGUUUCAAAUUAUUCUUUUUUUGUUGGUGGUUCUUUCCAAUUGAAAUGUGCGUACACCAGUUUAAUGGAUGUUCGAUGUUUGAAUGUGCAUCAUAAUAAUUCAUUUAGUUCUAGAUGGUUGCUUGAGAAACAACACACACAGAACAAAACAUGACAAUGCGAUUUAUCAGCAAGGUUUCCUUUGGCAGCACUGCAGGAUCAGAUUCCUAUGAAGCAGACCAUUGUCUUUAUCUAUUUAUGUGACGGGUCUCUUUGAGUAGUUCACGAUCUCCUUUUAGCUCAUUGUUCAUGCUAUUUGAUUUACUAUCUUCAUUACCACCUCCAAACAAUUUUUUUUUCUGUUAAAGAUUCUUUUUUUUUUCUGAUUAGCUUUCUUUGUGGUUAUCUAUGUUCUUUUUCGUAAAACUUUAGCAGUUUUUGAAGGCAUGCCUACAACUAAUUCUUUAGACCUACUAACGUCUUAAAUAAUGUAAUUUAGAAUUGUUUGGAAUAAUUAUUCAGUUACAUGGCUAGCGUUUGGUUUUUUAAAAAAUGAAUUUUUAACCUCUUUUGGCUCAGUGUGUGAAAUUUAAAAAAAAAGUGUACUUUAUCGAAUUUUGAUAACUCAUUUGAAUAAGAAAAAAAUAUUUUUUUUAAAUGACUCGUUAUUUUUUUACAUAAUAUUAUCUUUUACUUCACUCAGAUGACUUGGAUUAUGAAAUAUUAAACGACCAGGAACCUGAAAAUUCCUCUGUAAGUACAUCAUUCUUUUCUGUGGUCUUUUCUCAAGAUUUCCAAAUCUAGGGCUUCAUUUUUUUACUUAAGAAGUCCUUACUUUAUUUUACAGUUAUUUUUAGUGCAAUGUUUAUACAAUGAACUGGUAAGUCAAAUUAGAAAUGUUUUAAAUGGCGUUAGAAGAGGAGGCGGGGGGGGGUUGUCGAACAAGCUGUUGACAUUUUAUUUAGGCGGAAGAGUGGUAGCAUUUUCUGUCCACUGUAUUUUCUGUAUUUUUUGUUUCUUAAGAAGUCCUUACUUUAUUUUACAGUUAUUUUUAGUGCAAUGUUUAUACAAUGAACUGGUAAGUCAAAUUAGAAAUGUUUUAAAUGGCGUUAGAAGAGGAGGCGGGGGGGGGGGUUGUCGAACAAGCUGUUGACAUUUUAUUUAGGCGGAAGAGUGGUAGCAUUUUCUGUCCACUGUAUUUUCUGUAUUUUUUGUUUCUUUUGUAAAAUGUCUUUUAAUGUACCACUAUGUAGAGGGGGAUUAUUUUUGUAUGCAUGAAAUAUACAUAAAAAUAUACAAUAAGACUUCAUAGACUGGUGUUAAUGUAUUUGAAUUUUGUGGCUUUGAGUCGUUAAUCUUGGAUGGCCACUCAUCUAAGAGGAGGCAAACUCUUAAUUCAAACCCGGAGAUGGCGUUCCGUAGGCGGUAUGACAUUGACACAAUGCUAAGUGAAAGCUAAAAGAGCGAAGUAAGACACAAAAACACUGCAGGUAUUCUGCUUCAUCCUGAUCUAACUCCAUUCGUAUUGACUAAGUCUUGCCAAUGGAACAAUAAAUGGUCCAGGACGAGAUAGUUAGCCGUACAAUAACAACAUAUACAAUUUUGAGACUUUUCAUUAAUAGUCAAGACAUACAGAGAGCGUUAUAGAUCUUAAUUUUGCGGUGAAACAAUGGCAGGUUUUUAAAAUUAUUUUUAUAGCGGCUGAAUUAACUUAACGUCGUAUGUUAAACUUAAUGUUACUACUUCCAAAUUCUUAUAACGCACUGUCUUUCCUUUUCAUUUCAGGGCCUGGAAACAGACUCUUCUCAUAAACCCAAAAGUAAAUAUUCUGUUAUAGAAACAUAGUUUAACAAUAAUUUGUUUGGAAUAUGUUAUUUUUUACGAAAUAUAAUUUAUAAGGUAGCUUUAGUGUCACAAUAUUCUCAAGAAAAAAAGCGCUUUAUUUUAUCAAAUUUUUUUUUUAAAGACGAGACUAUCUUUGACUUUUUGAUCAGCCAUUAAUAUUUUUCAACAAUGUUAUAUAUAUAUAUAUAUAUAUCAUAUAUCACAUAUACUGUAAAAAAUCAUCCUAAGUGUGAAACUAAUUUUACCGUUAAAAUAUCUAAUUAAACAGCGUUAUGUCGUGAUGACAUAAUUAAUGUAACUUUACAUCAACUUAAAAUUGUGGAACAAGGUAACUGUCUCCUUCCCCCAGUUUGAAGUAACGCAGCCCUUCCCUUCCCUUCCCUUCGUUUGUUUCAUACAAUAACCGUUUGUCACCUUGUCCGUAGCUGGUGACGGAGUGUUGGAACGUCUCAAGAAAGACAACCUGAGGUUAAUGAUCAAACUUGGUAAGAAUUGAGUGUACUUAAAUCCAUGUAAGACAAUCAAAAGGAAACAAAAAAUAUCUUGUAUAAUCUAGCACUUAAGGGUAAAUAGUACUGUUACACCUAUAUGUCUUCCAUUUUUCUGUAGUUGAUAUGGGGAGUGCUAGAACUGACCACUAUGAUAAAGGUUAAUAUCUUUCAAUUUGAGAAAGUAGCUGUGCAGCCAAAUUUUGUUAUUAUAUUUUUUGUGUGGUAGUCUAUUUUAUCGGUAGGGACACAUUUUACAAGGGAUUGUAUUUAAAAUUUAGGGUGGUCAAACUACUUAUUAUUAUUUUUGCUAUUAUUUUUAUUUUUAUGCAACCACUGUAAUUUAAAAUCAUUUUAAUAUAUUUUUUUCAAACUAGAGAUUUGUCUUCAAAAAUAUGUUGACAGAAAUCACAAACCGACUAAAAUGUCCAUCAGUAAAAACUGUCUUUCAAUUUUUUUCCCACCAGAAAAGAUGACCAAUAAUUAUGAACGGGAAAGAACCGCUCGAGAAAAAUUAGAAGUCCAGGUCAAUGUUCUACAGUCAGGUCAGUAAGUUUUUUAAAACUGGAAUGACGUAGAACAUGUUUGUGAAAGUUGGUAUUUUAAGUCAGACAAAUGUGGAAGUAUAUAAAUAGAAUGCAAGCUUUAUCUUCGUUAUGCGUAAACAAUUAAAGCUACACACUUGGACUUGACGUUAUAAGAAAUAUUACAGGAUUUAAAUUGUAUAAAAUCUGAUAGCAUGGUUCUAAAAUAGUAAGAGAUAGAAAAAUGUCUAUAAUUCAGAGCUUGGAGCAGCAAAAGUGAUCCAUAAACUGCUUAACCCGAAUUAAAGCAUUUCAAAUGUGUAUAUAUUUCAGAGCUUGAAGCCAGCCAAAGUGAUCCAGAGUACAAAACAUUCGCGGUGAAAUUAAAACAACUGCAGGACGACUUUGAGGAUGUUGUCAGAGAGAGAGAUUACCUUAGAGUAGAACUUGGUAAAGUAAAAACAAAUUUAUUUUACGUUUUAAUGCACUUACUUUGGCUGAUUUUUCACGUAACAUCAUCCACACAUACAAAAAUUAAAAUAUGAAAAGACAUAAACUGCAAACACGAUGAGCUUUGGGAUAAAAAAAAGAAUUGUUUAAUUUAAAAAAUUAAGAACUUUUCAGCUUUUAAAUGAGUUUGAAGAAAACACAGGAUUUUAAAAAUGUAUAUACAUAUAGAGAGAGAGAGAGACUAAUACAAAAUGUCAGCCUUUAAAGACGUAUGAAGACGUAAGAAAUGUAAAUAACAUAGGGCACAACACAGAUAAAACAAUAUUUCUUAUACGAAAAUAUUUGAUUUUUCAUUUGGUUUAAAAAUAUUGACUACUCACAACUGAAAUCCUGUUUCAAUUUCUGAAAACCUUUGUAGAUGAAUCCAGAGUACGAUCAGAGCAGGAUUGUCAGGCUUAUGAAGAGAAAGUCAAACAACUCCUGUCCGAUUUUGAAGCACAAAGAAGAGAAAGAGAGCUAUCCAAUCAAAAACAAGGUAUAUUAUUUUAUUUCUAAGUACUUCCCCUUCGUAAAGAUUUAUUUUCUUAUUCUAAAAAAAAAUUAUACACUUUACAUUGUUUCCAGGGAAUGGUUUUUUUUUUAGUUCAAUUUAGAUAACAAGAUUUUCACUAGUAUUUUUUAAAACUUAUUUUCGUUCGUACAAAGGAAAAAGUUCAUUUCUAACAGAGAAAAUAAUCAUAAUAAUAAGUGUGACUUAUAAGUUUUAGUCGUUAAAUUAGUUAUCAUAAUUAUUUUAAUAUUAUUUUAAUGUUUAAAACUUUAACUCUUUAUUUUCAGGUCAAGGGAAAGGAAAACAUAAGAAAAAACUGAAGCCGCCAUCUUGUUUUAAUGGCCAUUAGUAGGAACCCGGAUGAUAUAACGUUUCGAUAGCGCCUUUAGAACUUCAGAAGUUUAACAGAAAUCCCCUUUUUU